CAGCGCUUCUCCUGCCUGCCUGUGCAGAACAAAAGAUUAGCAGCCAGGAAAUGCCCCAGCCAAUCAGCUGCAGUCUUACAUCCUGCCAGUGCGAGCAGGCCACUCACAGCUUGGUUUCUAUCCUAGCAGCCGAUCGGCCAGCCUGGAGAGCCGUGGCUGUGCUCUGAGCAGGGUGAGGACAGAGGGCUGUCCUCCAUGUUUUAAUAAGCAUUGACAUAACACACUGAGUUUGUUAGCCAUGCAUCCACAGAGGUAAGCUUGAUUUUCAUUAUUUCACUUCCUCUUUAAUAAGCUACCAGCUACUGUGUAUGUUCUGUGCCUCGGGAAUACAGGUUUGUCUCAGGGAGAGAGGGGGAAGAGAGCCUGCUAGUCCCCACAGCACAGUAGUGGAGCCUGGCAGGAGAGCAGAGUACAGCACAGCAGGCUGCCUCUGCUGGUUAUGUCUCUCUGAUCACAUAGGGGGUCAGCCUGUCUUACUACCUUUUUACAGAAUAUAGCAUGGCAAGAGGAAUAUAUCCCUGUUGGAAUAAGGAACAGGAUUGAUCAGUUUGGCUUGGCUGUCGGGUUGUAAGGGUUUAUGACUGUGUCACAGGCCUGUACAAUCAAAAUGGAAGGUGUGGGGAGGUGAGAGCUGUAACGUUCAAGAGGGGGUCCCAGUGGAUUUAACAGAUGGUAAAGAGACAGCUCAGCAAUGACAGCACAGCAAAAAUGAUUUAGGCCUCAGUGGUAUUAGAGCAGGGCACUGCUUUUGAUUGUAUGCCCUUUUAAGCAGGAAAGCAAUCUUUGAGGACAAACAAGAUCGACUAUUCAAAAGGCAUAUUCUCAGUGUUUUUCCAGACUACUGUUUAUACCUACGGGUAGAUCUCGCAUUCUUCUUUUAGCAUGUUGAGUUGUUGAACAAGGUUUAUCUGGGUUUAAAAAAAUAAAAAUGUAUUGAACAACUAGAAAAUCUUCCUAAUGGUCUUUCAGUUCACAGCUUUCUCUUUGCUGUGGAGUGGCAGCCAUUUCAGAGAGCUUCCCCUUUCUGUGCAAUGGCUCUAGGCACUCUGGGUGUUUGCAUGUGAAGCCUGACGAAGGAAAGCAGGGCUGUUUCAGACAGCCUUGGCCAGAAAAAUAUAAUUGUCCCAAGAAGGAUAUAAGAAUCUUUAAUUCUGUAGUGGAACUCAUAGAAUUCGCACACAUAGACGAAUGCUGUAUGUCGGCAUAUGUUUUGUCAACAACCAUGUAAACUAUCAUAUUAUUCCUGAAUGUCUGGCAUGUGACGCCAAUUGCCUCAAAUUCACAGAGUCAAAGCACAUUACUUUUUACCCUACAAUGGUUCUUAAUGAAUUGACUGGAGAGCAAACCUUUUCAUCCAGUGCCUUUUUGUGAAUGGUCUUUGGUAAUGCCCUUAAUCUUUUCAUUCCUGUCUGGCAUGAGGAUUUGAGGUGCUGCCACCGACUUAGCCCAUUCAUAGACACUAACUACCUUUAGCACCCAUUGAUGAAGGUAUCUUCUUCUCGGGGGACUUUUGUCAAGAACCCUGCCACUUGCUGUAAAAGUUAACACUAAUCGCUUGCGGUAUGGUUUUGGAAACAUAAGGAACAUAUAUUUCAUAUCAGCGAGAAAAACUUUACUAAACACAAAAGGUUAAAUUACUACACACCUUUUAUUAGUGUUCCAACAUGGCCAUAUCGCCACGUUACAGCGCUUGUUUAAGGAAGUCCAACGGAAGACAAAGGUGACCACCUGUGCUAAUUAGCUAUCUAGCGUGCACCUGUUUGUAAGCGUAACUGGGGAGGAAGUGUAGUUCGUAAACUGGAGGCACACACAGUGUAUGGAUCUGUGCAAAUCUGCUAACGUUAGUGUAUCUUUUUUAUUUGAAAGAUUCUUUAUCGCUGAAAUGAAAGAUAAGGGCCAUACGUUUCGAAAACCGCUUAACAAGCGAUGAUUAUUGAUGUUUGUAAUACGGCGUCAGAAUUGUAGUUCACAUGGCCGGCUGUGGGCGAGCUGAAGGGUUUUCUAGAGCUACAACUGACUCUGCUUUACACUAAUGGUUCAAACAAGAAAACCAAUUCAUGCUGGCACAUUUGAUUAAUUAUUCACCACACCUGAGUAGUCUGACCUUUUCUAACGAUCUUCAUGUCAUUCAGAUUUGUUCUCCAUGUUAAACCAUCAUUGUUUUUGUCAAUCAAUCUUUUUAAUGGCAGCAUUAGUAUUUAUUUAACAACAAAUCAAGAUUAUGGUUCAAAGUGGCACUGGCAGAAUAAAGUAAGUAAUAGCAAUACCACUGUUGGUUACAAGUAUAGACACAUUGUAAAGGUCCAGAAGUAAAGCCAGUAGGAAAGUGUUGGACUGGGAAAAGGGUGUUGGCAGCAUGUUCUCCAGUCUUAACCACAGCCGUCCAUUUUGAUUCUGAGGCCUGCUUUUCAGCCCUGUCUUUGUGCUCAGUGUAAGGCCCUUCCUGCAUUCCUGUGAGCCGGUCUACUGGUAAGCUGUGUGUGAUCUCUACAGCAGCUCGCCUCGGCUGGAGCCGUGUGUGCGCAGUGUGCUCAGCAGGCAGGCAAGGAGGGAAUGUCUUCAAAAUGGACGCCACACACACUGCCUCAGAGCUGUGGAGGGAGAGGGAGGGAAUCUGAUACGCUCCCUCUCUGCCUGUGUAACUGCAUCCCCCAUGUUUUAGAAAAUGCACACAGCCAGUGAGGACUAUAUGGGAUUGAGGGACUUGAUUCCAGGGGUUUUGUGAUAGUGAGGAGAAAUCCUCUCUGCAUUGCAGCACUGUGUCUGAGGAGAUAGGGGAGAAGAGAGCCUGUGUGGCACACUGAGCCAGGCGCCCAAUCAGGCACCUCCGUGUGGCGCUCAAACCAAUCGGCAGUCCACAGCUGAGGUUAAAGAUUGACAAUCGCAGAGAGAGCAGCAGGGAGAGCAAGGCCCUUCUGGAAAAUUCAGCACCAAUCUUUGUCUCAUCCCCCACCGGCCUCACUAAUAAAAAAUAAAAGCAUUUUUUCUUUUUUAAAGGCUGAAGAAUCUGUAUUCUGUGCGUAUAGAGAAAAAAAAGGUAUGCUGUCAAUUUCCUACAUUGAAGCAUGGGUGUUCUGUCAGAGAGGGCGUGGGAGGGAUUAUAUCACUAUAUUAAUGAAAAUUAUGUAUUUUCUGAAAUGUUUUAUCUACAAGAAGGGUGUUGUAGGCAUUGGUUUAGUGUGUUUUCACUGUCUCUUUCACUCUGCUCAUCUGACCGGAGGAGGAGGGGAUGUUGCUGAGGCAGACUCUCUGUCUGUGCUGAAAGCCUUUAUCAGAGGUGGAGGCCAGUAAAGCCAGUGCUCUGUCUGUCAUUUUCUGCCCCCGACAUGGAGAAGAGAGAGACAGAGAGGGGUGAUAAAGAAAUGGUGGAAAAGGGACUACAUAUGCUUCUCUAACAGGGAGCUGCUAUCUUUGUAUCUGGCACUCUCGCAUUCUAAUUAUGCUGCUCUCUCCAAGAGCUAAAUAAAAAGCUGGUGAAAUGGAACCUAUCUGAGCUGUGAGACAGUAGCUUGUGCCGUGGCGUAAAAAACAAUUUCUGAAACAAGGGGAUCGACACAUUGUUGUCUGAAAAAACAAGGAUGUUCAUUUUGAGCUGAUACUGCGUAAAACCUGUUUGACAGUUUUCUUAUUAAGUAGUGGCAUUCCCAAAAAGUACCUUUUUUUUUUAAUUCAAGGAAGUGUGCAUUUAAAUGAUGUGUAUGCAUAAGGCUGGGACUGUGUUUGUUCAAGACAAUGAAACAGGAAUGUUUGAGUUGCUUCUCUCUUGGGGGAUAUAAAGUGCAUGAGACUGGGGUAGUCUCAUUUUAGAGGGUAAUGACCAUGGCAUUGUAGUCACCAUGCAGUUGUAGAGCUGAUGGUUCUCCAUUGCCCCUGGCCUCAGUUCAGCCUUUGAUGUCUCAGUAGGUCUUGGGGCCCAAUGGUUGUGGGCUCAGGAUUCAUGUGUGAUGGGAACGGUUGAGUUUGAUAUCAUUUUAAGAUUACCAACAGGUUUGUCAAACUAUUCUAUGAUUUCUUGAAAAAAAUGUGUUUAAACAAUUGUCAUUUUUUAAGCUUUAACGUAAUUUAUCUAAAAAGGCAUCAACUCAGAUUUUUGUCAUUUUCGAAAAUGUAUCUUAAACCCUAUUUUACAUCAUCUGAAGUGUUUGUGUUGUGCCCGCCAUUGGUUGAGACGCAGCAUUUUCUUGAAUGCAGGGUGGGUGUCAUUUCAACCAUAGAAAUUGUGGAUCUAUCCCUACAGACCCCUGCAAUCUAGGUGGUACGCCAUUUACAUUUAAAUUGAAUUGAAACUUUAACUUCCAAUUACUACUAGAAAGAUGGCCUCUGGUCCACCCAUUGUCGAAUGUCAACUUGAAUGUGAAUGUCUAUUCUAUUAUCUCUACAACACAAACACCUCAGAUUAUGUAAAAUAGGGUCUGAGCUACAACAUACGUUUGGUAAUGUAGUGUAUGUGGACACCUGAUCGUCAAACAUCUCAUUCCAAAAUCAUGGGCAUUAAUAUGGAGUUGGUCCCCCCUUUGCUGCUAUAACAGCCUCCACUCUUCUGUGAAGGCUUUCCACUAGAUGUUGGAACAUUGCUGUGGAGACUUGCUUCCAUUUAGCCACAAGCAUUAGUGAGGUCGGGCACUGAUGUUGGGCGAUUAGGCCUGGCUCGCAGUCGGUGUUCCAAUUCAUCACAAAGGUGUUCGAUGGGGUGGAGAUCAGGGCUCUGUGCAGGCCAGUCAAGUUCUUCCACACCGAUCUCGACAAACCAUUUCUGUAUGGUCCUCACUUUGUGCACGGGAAUUGUCAUGCUGAAACAGGAAAGGGCCUUCCCCAAACUGUUGCCACAAAGUUGGAAGCACAGAAUCGUCUAGAAUGUAAUUGUAUGCUGUAGGGUUAAGAUUUCCCUUCAUUGGAACUAAGGGGCCUAGCCCGAACCAUGAAAAACAGCCCUAGACCAUUAUUCCUCCUCCACCAAACUUUAAAGUUGGCACUAUGCAUUUGGGCAGGUAGCAUUCUCCUGGCAUCUGCCAAACCGAUUCGUCCGUCGGAUUGCCAGAUGGUGAAACUUGAUUAAUCACUCCAGAGAACGCAUUUCCACUGCUCCAGUCCAAUGGCGGUUUGCUUUACACCACUCCAGCCGACGCUUGGCAUUGCGCAUGGUGUGAUCUUAGGCUUGUGUGCGGUUGCUCGGCCAUGGAAACCCAUUUCAUGAAGCUCCCGACGAACAGUUCUUGUGCUGAUGCUUUCAGAGGCAGUUUGGAACUGGUGAGUGUUGAUUUCUACGCGCUACACGCUUCAGCACUCGGCCGUCCCGUUCUGUGAGCUUGUGUGGCCUACCACUUUGCGGCUGAGCUGUUGUUGCUCCUAGACGUUUCCACUUCACAAUAACAGCACUUACAGUUGACCGGGGCAGCUCUAGCAGGGCAGAAAUUUGACAAACUGAUUUUGUAAUUUUUUAUUAUUUAACCUUUAUUUAACCAGGUAAGCCAGUUGAGAACAAGUUCUCAUUUACAACUGCGACCUGGCCAAGAUAAAGCAAAGCAGUGCGAUAAAAACAACAACACAGAGUUAGAUAUGGGGUAAAACAAAACAUAAAGUCAAAAAUACCACAGAAAAUAUAUAUACAGUGUGUGCAAAUGUAGCAAGUUAUGGAGGUAAGGUAAUAAAUAGGCCAUAGUGCAAAAUAAUUACAAUUAGUAUUAACACUGGAAUGAUAGAUGUGCAAGAGAUGAUGUGCAAAUAGAGAUACUGGGGUGCAAAUGAGCAAAAUAAAUAACAAUAUGGGGAUGAGGUAGUUGAGUGGGCUAAUUUCAGAAGGGCUGUGUCUUGUUGGAAAGGUGGCAUCCUAUGACGGUUGAAAGUCACUGAGCUCUUCAGUAAGGCCAUUCCACUGCCAAUGUUUGUCUAUGGAGAUUGCAUGGUGGUGUGCUCGAUUUUAUACACAUGUCAACAACGGGUGUGGCUGAAAUAGCUGAAUCCACUAAUUUGAAGGGGUGUCCACAUACUUUUGCAUAUAUAGUGUAUAUAAACAAGAAAAACAUCCGUUUACGCAUUUUUUGGUAAUUGCUGAAAAAAUGACUGUUUUUAUUAAAAACAUUUUAAUCAAUUUCUUUCAAUAAAUCAUAAAACAGUUUCACAACCCUGUUUGUAAGCUUUCAAAUUAUAUCAAACUCAACCCUUUAUCUUUUUCAGUGAAGACAUGGAUGUCUCAUGGUAUGGUGGGGUAUGCAAAAUGGGAAAACUUUGAGCACCUCUUUCUCCUGAAUGUUUUGGUGUUCAGGUUCAAAAAGUACCUUUCUACCAUGGGCAAAGAUGUAUGGAAGGUUUCGUUCAAAUCAAAAGGGGUGCAAUAAGAAAGUGAUUGAAAUCAUAUGGAAUGACUACAUGUUGAGUUUGAAACUAGAACACAUUUAGCUGUUAGUUACAUAACAGUUAGUUACAUAACAUCCAUGCCCAGUCAUUUCCAGUAGAUAAGAUGUGUCUCUGUGUGUAAUUUGUCCAUUUGAGAAAUCCCCUUUUGACAUCAAUUCAUGAUUUAUGGGUUUGAGUUCAUGUGUAGAUAGGAUUCAACCCCAUGUUAUGAAAUGUAUGAAAAGCAAUGUAUGAAAAGCAUUAGAAAAGCAAAUCUAAUCCCUGGGACAUUGUUCUGAGGCACUGACGGAUGAUUGGUGACCUUCUAGACUAAUCACAUUCUGUCAGUUUCACACUCUGGAACUCUUAACUGCUUUACUAGACAUUUUCCUUCUCCCAAUAAGAGAGGGACUCUUGCUGGCCAUAGCCUGUAGAUUUAUGAUACCUCUGCACCAAAGCGAACAGUGUGUGUCUGUGUCCAGUCAGGAUUGGUUUAGACAGAGUUUGCCUCCGGGCCAAAUGUACUCUCACUCUAAGAAUAACCCCAUUGUAGUGAGACUGAGAGUGUGAGUCAGUGUUGAAGCAGACCUUUACAGCCAGACGGGAUUGUCUUUCCUCUGAAAAUGAUACUAGAUCCACACAAAUAAGAUUUGUGAGACCUUGGUUUUACAUUUACACACAAGUAUUUCAGCAGAUGCUUUUAUACAGUGUGAUUUAUGAUUGUUACUUAGUAGAUGGUGUUGCGAAACCACGUGCAUACUGAACAUACUGUGGAUGAAGCAAUGUCUGGUGUAAACAUAUUGAGAGUCAAACUGUAAAAAGGCAUUGGAUGAAAUGAUAUAUGUUGGGAGUCUUUUUCUGUAGGUGUUGUCAUAACAGGGCAUUGAUAGUGCAUCUCUUUUCUCUGCCAGUUUGGCUGAGGAGGAGGUGAAGACUGAGUCGGAUACAGUAGAGGGGAUGGAGAUCUCUACACGAUCCAAAGGUGAGAAAAAACACUGAAAGCUGAGCUGUACUAUCACCUAUUUAAGCCUAUGCCUGCGGGCAGUAUGUGGUGGUGGUGAAAGGCUUUAUUUUAUUGCUCCCAUUUUGAGUGUAGGCUACUGUAUGUGUGUGUUUGGUACAGAGCUGAAUCACACAAGAUGGAGGCUAAUGUGCUGCUUCUGUUCAUAUCGCUGUCAUGUCUUAUCACUAUGGUAACUUGUUUUUAUCUGCUGUACUGUAUGAAAACAAUGAACAUCUACUGUUCUAUGGCCAGUACAUGCACCUUCUUCUGGGAAAUAAUACAUCUGUCAUGUUGGUUUGCCUGACCUUUGACCCCUCCCUACAGUUUCAGACCCUGGGUCAGUAGAGCGGGCGGCCCAGAAACGCAAGGUGUCCAGCCCCCCUCACUCAUCUAAUGGUCACUCCCCGGCUGAGACUUCCCCCAGCCCGGUCAAAAAGAAGAAGAAACCAGGAGCGGUCAGCAGCAGUAAAGACCAGGUGCGACCUCCCCUUCCACUCCCCUCCCUGCUCCUCUGUGCUCACACUGUUGCGCUUUCAGAAGCUGCUGGGUUUCUGUUACACUGAAAUAUAUCCUACUAAAAAACCUAUGUAUAACAUUUUCUGUUCCAAUUGAGUCUUUUGGUAUGCCAGGGGACUAUUUGAUGUUUGUGACACCAGGGGUUUAUAUUUUCUUAUAGUGCUACAGUAAGCCUAUAUGUCCUAAUACUAUGUAAAAAGAUUAUCUAAAUAAUUGUUUCAUUAAUGUGUUUGCAUGCUUGUUUUACUAAUUUUGCCUACUAAAAUCAAGUGAUUGGUGAUGCUUCGGCCGUUGCUCACACACUGAGACUAUUAAUGAUUAGCACUUUUAUCAGCUUUAUAAAUGGUCAAUUACAAUAGCAACCUUGGCUUAUAAGCCAUGGAUCAACGCUUGUCUCAAUGCAAAAAAGUAACAGGUGUGGAUCAAAACACAGACUGCUUUUCAGAUCCAAUCAGUAAGUGAUACUAAAGGCUAGUUUCUCAAACUGAUCCUUUUCACUGUCUUGACCUUUUGAAGGGGAAUUUGUAAUGUAAUCUACAGUAAUGAUUCUCUUCCAGUCUGAUACCAGGUACGGUCAAUUAAUCAAUGUUUUAAUGCCUUAUGUUGCAACACAGGGUUCUAAGCAGUCUGUGUUUUGGACAGUUACUAUGUAGAUUAUGUAUAGAAAAUGUAUGCACUUACUAACUGUAAGUCGCUCUGGAUAAGAGCGUCUGCUAAAUGACUAAAAUGUAAAUGUAGAUUGUCUUUUUAGAAACCAUAUUUUUUUAUUGUUUUGUUUUUAUUUUUUUCAUGUCUGCUGUGCUGCUCAUGUAAUCUCACACCUGAUUUUGAAACCCCCUACAUUCUCUUUCUCUUGCCUGCAUUUCAGUCAGAACUAAGACAUGGUCCCUUUUACUAUGUGAAGCAGCCAACACUCACCACAGACCCUGUUGAUGUUGUGCCGCAGGACGGCAGGAAUGACUUCUACUGCUGGCUGUGCCACCGCGAGGGCCAGGUGCUCUGCUGUGAGCUCUGCCCGAGGGUGUACCACGCCAAGUGCCUCAAACUACCCGCAGAGCCCGAGGGUGACUGGUUCUGCCCUGAGUGUGAGGUACUCGCUUGUGGGUGGGACCGAAAAGCAGUUGUCUACCAGGAAGACAACUUUAGAACUUUAAAAUGCUGGGGGUUGAGGCCGGACUAUGAUGACAGACAUCCAUAUUUUAUGGAGUUACAAGAAAUUCUGAUCAUGUUGGUAUAAGAUGUGGUCAUGGUAGUAAAAUGAGGCUUGAUACUGGGAAUAUCCUUUUGAAAUGGCAAUAUACAUCUUGCUAACAAAAUAUCUACCUCUUUUCUUUCAGAAAAUAACAGUUGCAGAGUGCAUAGAGACUCAGAGUAAAGCAAUGACGAUGCUAACAAUAGACCAGCUGUCAUACCUGCUAAAGUUUGCACUCCAGAAGAUGAAACAGCCAGGUGUAAGUGCACUGACCUCCCUCCUCCAACUGACUGAUCAGUAACAUUCUAAAUCAACUGUAUAUAGGGUACAUAUUCCAAAGGCUUGUGCUUCUGCUUUCACCCUCCCCUCAUUGUCAUGGAAUAACUACUUAUUUCUACCUUUUCUAACUGUUGUUAUUGACUAAUUGUUUUGACAGUAGAUAUAGAACUGUUGAAGAAUAGAGAGAUCAGUGUUAGUAAAAAUCAUAAACACUGAAUGUACAAAACAUUAGGAACAUCUUUCAAUGACAUAGACUGACCAGGUGAAUCCAGGUGAAAGUUAGGAUCCCUUAUUGAUGUCACCUGUUAAAUAAUAUCCACUUCAGUGUAGAUGAAGGGGAGGAGACAGGUUAAAGAAGGAUUUUUAAGCCUUGAGACAAUUGAGACAUGGAUUGUUUAUGUGUGCCAUUCUGAGGGUGAAUGGCCAAGACAAAAGAUGUAAGUGCUUUUGAACAGGGUAUGGUAGUAGGUGCCAGGCGCACUGGUUUGAGUGUCAAGAAUUGCAAUGCUGCUGGGUUUUUCACGCUCAACACUUUCCCGUGUUUAUAAAAAAUUGUCCACCACCAAAGGGCAUCCAGCCAACUUGACACAACUGUGGGGAGCAUUGGGGUCAAAAUGGGCCAGCAUCCCCGUGGAACACCUUGUUGUCCAUGCCCUGAUGAAUUGAGGCUGUUCUGAGGGCAAAGGGGGUGCAACUCAAUAUUAGGUAGGAGUUCCUAAUGUUUUGUGUAAUUCCAAUGUGAGUGAACAGAACUCAAUGGAAUGGUCGUGUGCUUGUUUAUAUGGUCUGAUUUUUAAGACCGCUCAAUGCUUUCUCAUGGUUUUGUGUCCAUCAUUGAUGAGGUCCAUUGCUCCUUCCCCAAUACACUGGGAACUUAUUUACUGUACUCAAAGUCUGAAGUAUCCUUUGGUGUUCUGGUUACAAAAUGGUAAGCCAUAAGUAAGGGUGCUCUAACAACACUAAACCACCCAAGCCUGUUUUAGCCAGUCCUCUCCUCUACAAUGGCAUAAAGAGGAAAGGAACCAUUGAACCAAGGGUCCAGUUUGUAAAGCGGUGGUGUAGUGAGGAUACAGUUGCCCCUCUUACUCUUUUUCAGGACCAACCACGCUCGUCAUCUCACUCCCCCCAUGCAGGCGCCACGCAGAGAAAGGCUUUUAAUUGGGUAAUCAAACAAACACACUAAAAAAAGACCUAAUCAUAUUUCCCCCCUGUUAUUUUCCUCCUGUUUGGAGUGUUAUUUUUGUUUUGUUUGUCUGUUUUUAGUUGCUAUUGUCUGUCCUGGGGUGGUAGAGUGUGUGUGUGUUGUGGUGGUGGAGGUCAUGCAGUGAAGGCUGAAUCCUAAAUUGAGAUGCGAUUUCAAGCAAUUGAAAUCUUAACCUAAAUCUUGAAUUGAUUGCAAUUCUAUAUUUACAUUAAAGUUUUAGCUAUGAGUGUGUCUCAAGUUAGGAUUUGGCCUAAGUGAGGCCAAUUUGGAAUUGGAAUAUGAAGGUUAAUUCACUGUGCACGUUUAUUUUGUCUCUUCUCCAGACGGAACCUUUCCAGAAACCAGUAUCUCUGGAACAGCAUCCGGACUACGCAGAGUAUAUAUUUCACGCCAUGGACCUCUGUACAUUAGAGAAGGUUAGAAAUGUGAUGUCCUUCCUUCUUUGGGGUUAGAACUACAAUACCAAACCUCACCAGUUGUUGAUCACUGACCUUUUCUAUUUUAUUUUUCCAGAAUACAAAAAAGAAAAUGUAUGGCUGUACUGAAGCUUUCUUGGCAGAUGUGAAAUGGAUUUUACACAACUGCAUAAUUUAUAAUGGAGGUCGGUGUCCUUGUUUUGAUUGCAAUGGAUUUUUACUGGUUAUCAAAAACUGGUUUGUAAUGAUUACUCACUGUGACCUUCUUAUUUUAGGCAAUCAUAAGCUCACUGCCACAGCUAAAGUCAUAGUGAAAAUCUGUGAACAUGAGGUCAGUAUGGGUAUGCAGUCAAAGAUUCUUUCAGGCCUUCAGAAGAGACUCUUCUUACACGUACAAUGAUUCUUCUAUUUUAGAUGAAUGAGAUUGAGGUCUGUCCGGAGUGCUAUCUAUCAGCUUGCCAAAAGAGAGACAACUGGUUCUGUGAGCCAUGCGUGAGUUCAGUUACUUAAAAUCAAAGCUUGUGCUAAACGAGUCAUACAUUUUAAUUGUAGUACCUUGUGUAUACUGAAUGUGAUCUGUAUAAUGGCCUCUGUAUGAUAACUAGUCUUCCUGUUUCCUUUGCUCAGAGUAAUCCUCACCCUCUGGUGUGGGCCAAGCUGAAGGGGUUUCCAUUCUGGCCUGCCAAAGCACUGCGGGACAAAGACGGGCAGGUGGAUGCUCGUUUCUUCGGGCAACACGACAGGUAAUUCCCCUUUGGUACUUAACUAUGUCACUUAUACUCAUCAGUACAUUUGGUAUUUCACAGCUCUCUGUCUCUAUCCUCCGUCUCUAUCCUCCGUCUCUAUCCUCCGUCUCUAUCCUCCGUCUCUAUCCUCCGUCUCUAUCCUCUGUCUCUAUCCUCUGUCUCUAUCCUCUGUCUCUAUCCUCUGUCUCUAUCCUCUGUCUCUAUCCUCUGUCUCUAUCCUCUGUCUCUAUCCUCUGUCUCUAUCCUCCGUCUCUAUCCUCCGUCUCUAUCCUCCGUCUCUAUCCAGCUGUUGAGUUGUAUUAUGUUUCUUCACCUUCCAGGGCGUGGGUCCCCUUAAACAACUGCUACCUCAUGUCCAGGGAGAUUCCCUUCUCUGUGAAGAAGACUAAGAGCAUCUUCAACAGUGCCAUGCAGGAGAUGGAGGUCUACGUGGAGAACAUGAGGAAGAAGUUUGGAGUGUUCAACUACGCCCCCUUCCGGACACCCUACACCCCUGACAACCAGUACCAAAUGCUGCUGGAUCCCGCCAACCCCUCGUCCGGCUCUGUCCGGCCCGAGAAGCAGGAGAAGAUCAAGUUCAACUUCGACAUGACUGCAUCUCCCAAGAUGCCCUUGGCCAGGAGCAUGCUGUCUGGCGGGGGCGGGGGCAUGAGUGGAGCUGUAGGGAGUACAGGCAGGAGGAUCUCCCUAACAGAUAUGCCCCGCUCGCCCAUGAGCACCAACUCCUCUGCUCACACAGGCUCUGAUGGAGAGCAGGACACACCAGACAAGGGCCAGGCUAGAGCCCCAGUCAGCCACUACAGUGCUGGGGAGGAGUCCAUGGACUGCGCAGGUAGGUACUGCACACUGCCUCUCUGACAGUCUGGAGUAGAAGUCCUAGGGGAAUAUGGAAUAUACUGUAACAGUGACCUAGACUCUGGUUUUCGGUAUAAAUCAAGCACUGUAAACACGGGGCAUGUUGAUUUCUUCAACGUACAAUUGCCAUAGAAGUUUUUUUUUUAAACCUACCUCUUAAAUUAAGAUCCGAAGAAGAGCAUGACUGUGAUAGAUAUAGAUAUCUUACUCUCUCCACAGCAUCACCUGCUUCCACUCGACCUGGUCCUGCCUCUGGUACCAAUGACAGCCCUAAACCGUUCCACUCCCAGGAUCCUGCUCUGCCUCUCGUCCCCAAGCAGGAGAAAGCAACUCCCACAGGGAGCAUCCUUAACCUCAACCUGGGUGAGCUGCCACACACCUGCCCUCAGUCACACCACAAUCAUCUUCAAAGCUCACCUGUUUAGCACACCUGGGAAAGGCUUCAUGACAGCAAAACCAUAUACAUAUACCUUAACCAUAUGUAGAGGCAUUCCUACUAGGUCUAGUGAUUGGAGCUGAUUUCAACCAGUCAAUAACAUUGUUUGUGAUCUUGUGUGCUGGCCUUUCAGACCGUAGCAAAGCCGAGAUGGAUCUAAAGGAGUUGAGUGAGACUGUACAGCAGCAGCAGGGGGCACCACCAGUCCUCACCUCACCCAAGAGACAGAUCAGGAGCCGCUUCCAGCUAAACCUGGACAAAACCAUUGAGAGCUGCAAGGCCCAGCUGGGUGAGUGAUAGCGGCACCACUCAACUACUUUGUUUUCAGUUAGUCCAUUUGUAUGAAAACAACCCAAAAAAUCGUUGACGUUAUACAUUUCCCCCAAUUUCCCCUCUGCUGUGUACAGGUAUAGAUGAGAUCUCUGAGGACGUGUAUAAAGGAGUGGAACACAGCGACUCAGACGACUCUGAUAAAUCAGAUUCGAGUGACAGUGACGCCAGCGACGAGGAACACAAACCGAAGGCGGGCCAGCACACAAAGGCCAAUGACAAGGGCGAGAAGGACCCUUUCAAGAGGGGAUCCAAAGACCCCCUGCCCCCCAGCCAAAACGAGGUCAAAACAAAGGGGCCAGCAACUGCCACGGUAACCAUGGGGGAUGCGGGGGCACCAUCUACCCUCUCUGAAUCCUCAUCUAAAGAGAAGCAGGGUGUAGACUCGAACAAAGAGACCCCAGAGAAAGCCAAAGGAGCCCCAGUGUCCCCGGCAUCCAGAGAGAAGCACCAGGUGAAGCAGGAGGCCAGGCAGCCCUCUCUGGUGGACGACUCAGACUCUGAGAGGGAGCUGGUGAUUGACCUGGGGGAGGACCAGGGGGGCAGAGACAGGAAGAGGCGUAGGAACGAUUCAUGCGCCACCAAAGAUCCACCAGCCAAUAAGACAGAGGGUGAGUCCUCCUGUUCUCUACCACUAGUUGAUAAAAUAUGAAAGCGAGAAAAAAGUUUAACCAAAACCGAUGCUGUUAUUAAUUAAUAUUCUUUCCAUUGUAGGUAAAGCCCUGUCAAGUUCCCUUACGCCAUCUCAAAACAACACAGCCCCUUCCUUAACCCCCAGUGUGAAAGAUUUAUCACAUUCUCCACUAGCCAUCCCUCUAAACAUGGUGUCCUUCACUACUGCCUCUUCCACCACCAUCGCCCCUACCACCCUCUCCAAUGCCACACUACCGACGGCCCCGAUCACAGCCUCCUCCGCCACCACAGCAGUGAAGAAACAGCGCCCUCUGCUGCCCAGGGAGACUGUCCCGGUGGUGCAGCGGGCGGUGGUGUGGAACCCCACCAACAAGUUCCAGACUUCCUCCCAGAAGUGGCACAUGCAGAAGGUGCAGCGGCAGCAACAGAAUCAGCAGCCAGAUACACCUCAGCUGCAGGCAGCAUCAAUAGGCCAGCCACAGACACAAACAAUGCCGCAAACGCCAGCAUCUGCAACCUCUUCCUCAUUGCCACAGCAACCUUCCCAAAGCACGCGGUAUCAGACCAGGCAAUCUGUCAAAGGUACACCACAGUAUUAGUUGAUAAUUAGCACACUACAGAGAAAAUGGACACAGCAAAAAAACUAUUUGAGGGCAACUGCAGGACUAAAAAACAUCGCUGUGAUGUCACUGAUUUAGUUUUGAUUCUUGUUGUUUACUCUAGCUGUCCAGAAGAAAGACCCUCCGCUCAAUACGUCCACGUCGUCUGUUACCCUGGUGACCAGUACCCCACCCUCUGUGGCCAUGAUGGCAGCCCCCGGAGUAGGAAGUGGCCCCUCCACCACCUCUUCCAUGGCAGGGGACUUCCAGAUCCCCACCGCAUCAGCAGAUGUAGCAGCUGACAUCGCCAAGUACACUAAUAAAGUAAGUAUGCAAGGCUUGGAUCGAUGGCCAGAGUAAACAAGCUGAAGACUGUAUACUACACUAUCAGUAUAUUAUUAUGGUUUGGGACUUGGAGCAGGGCUUAUUAAAGCAUGCACACUUUUGGGGGACAACUUUACAUAUGGCAGUUAGAUAAAGAUUCUCAACCAAUAAAAAUAUGCUUUUUUUAUUAUAUGUCAUCUGCAUUUAAUGAAGUUAUGAUUAGUCAUUGGUCUCUUGGGUACUCAAAAGAGUGUGAUGGGUCUGCAUUCAAAAGAUUGUAUAAAGCUUACUUCUGAAAAAGGUUUUGCUUCAGGUCUCCUUUUUCCUCAGAUAAUGGAUACAAUCAAAGGGACGGUGACUGAGCUGUACACAGACCUUUCCAAAAGCACUUCAGGGAACACAUUAGCAGAGGUAGGUAUUUGCUGGUCGCCCUCAGAGGGACUGAAUACCACCAUGCCUAUAAUAGCUAGCUGUAUGACUCUGGGGAGUCUGAGUGUAUGUCCUUGUCUCUCCCACACAGAUUAGACGAUUGAGAAUUGAAAUAGAAAAACUGCAGUGGCUUCAUCAGCAGGAGCUGUCAGAAAUGAAGCACAAUCUAGGUAAGGACCUUUGCAUUACUCUAGCUUCAACUGCAGAUGACCCAGAUAAAUCUGGGUCAAGGACUGUCUCUCAGUAUAACAAUGGAUGUCAUUGACUAAGGAGAAGUAAUGGCGUUAUUCUACGGAGAAGGUUAUGGUAUUGUCUGUGUGUGCAUGUGCAGAGUUAACCAUGGCGGAGAUGAGGCAAAGUCUGGAGCAGGAGAGGGAGCGAUUGAUGGCGGAGGUGAAGAAGCAGAUGGAGGUGGAGAAACAACAGGUGGUAGAUGAGACCAAGAAGAAGCAAUGGUGUGCCAACUGCAAGAAGGAGGCCAUAUUCUACUGCUGCUGGAACACCAGCUACUGUGACUACCCCUGCCAGCAAGCCCAUUGGCCAGAACACAUGAAGUCCUGCACACAAUCAGGUAACGCACACACACCAGCCAUAUUCAAAGCUGAAUUUAUAUUAGUUAAAGAACAUUGAAUCCAUCUGACUACAGGUAUCAAUUUUCUUACAAUUGUAUAGUUAUAUAUUUCUGUUCUCUUUUGUAGCGACAGCCUCACAGCAAGAGCCUGAGUCGGGGUCCACGGCAGACGGCCCAAACAAAGCCUCAGGACAGUCCAGUGGUCAAACUUCUCCCAGAGGAAUGACAGCAUCUGCCCCCACAGACAAAGACUCUAACGUGGAGAAAAGCAAGGACAAUGUCACUGUUAGUCUUUCCUAACACUGAGCCCUUGUCCCAACCAUUGAGUUAUUGCACUUCAACCUGUAACAUAAAACUAUCGACACUUUCUCUUUUCAAGCUGCUGUUCUGGAGUAAUCCAAAGGCUUUAUUUUUGGUUAAUGACCAGAAUUACAUUUUUCCCGAAAAGCUACAAUCAUCCUUCUCCAUCUCAAGUAUAUUUACUUGAAUGUCCAGGAGAUGAAUGUCCAAUGUACUAUAGGACAAGUAACCACAAGAGGGCGCCACCUGUUCUCGCAAUCACUGUCACAUUACAUUACACUCCCUUAGCAAACUCAUAGAGAAGCAGCUGUUCAUGGCUAAAUUUCAGGAGUGGGUGUGUGAGUAAGCUGUAUAGAAAGUUUCAGAAAGUGUAUCUAUUAUCUGUAAUAUUAAUAAACAUUUAUUGGGAG